AAGGUAAUAACUCUUGUAUAAUUGCAUGAUGUGUUCAUCUACAGUAGGAUGUUGUUUAUACAACAAUUGAUGAAGACCUAGCUACUACUAGACAAUAGAUCACAUGUGCUAUCUGAAGGAGUUGUCUAAUGUACAAUUGAAAUGUGUGGUUUUGGUGAAGUCUGGAGCUGACGUAUAGCAACAAAACUGGUUUCUUGUACUAUGGAGUCGGUGCACAAGUUGUCUCCUCUUGUGGGGAAGUAUUCCAGAUAGUUCCUUUGGGUAAGGAUUGCCUAUGUGCAUCCUCAUUGCUGAUGCUAUUGUCAUGGUCGGCUUGCUGUGGGAUUAUAGUGUUAUUAUCUUCUUGAGAGUUGAGAUCUCAGAUCUACAAUACAGAAGCAUUGCACUAGAUAAUUUCCUUGUUCCAUCAAGCAUAUUUUCCAAGUCUUCAAAGUCAUCAUCACCUCUGAAGAAAAAGAAAAAGUGAGAGGAAGCUCCUUGGCGAGUGCGACUCGUAAGUGUACAGUAAAAGAGAAAUUGCAACGAAAGAAGAACAAGGCUGACAACACAGAAGUAGGUCAAUACAGAGGUGCUGAUUCAGUCAUUUUGAACCACACAUUCGCACUGCAGCAGGCACCGAGAAACUAUCUACUUGAGAGUUGAGAUCUCAUAUCUACAAUACAGAAGCACUCUAAGAAGGCUGAUCAAUAGGAAGGCAACAUUCAACAGAUGGGGCAAAGCAAAUCAAAGCAAAAUACGGCUUCUCUGACCAAUGCAGCAGCCAGUUCUUCAUCUUCUUCUCUCCCACUUUCUCCUACUGAUCACAAAAAGCAUUACACAUACGAGGUGUUCCUGAGUUUUCGAGGCGAGGAUACGCGUUGUAAUUUUACGGAUCAUUUGUAUACCGCUUUGCGUGCCAGGGGAAUUGAGACCUUCAGAGAUGCUGAUAAGCUUAGAAGAGGAGAAGAAAUAUCACCAGCUCUUCUCAAAGCAAUUGAGGAGUCCAUAGUUUCAAGCGUCGUCUUCUCUCCAAACUAUGCUUCCUCAAGGUGGUGUUUGGAUGAACUCGUCAAGAUACUUGAAUGCAGAAAAUCUGGACAAGAGGUUAUACCAGUUUUCUACAAGGUGGAUCCCUCACAUGUACGACACCAAACGGAUGCUUUCGGUGACGCAUUUGCCACGCUUGUAAUUCAACCCAAAUACAAGGAUAGCAUUGGCAAAUGGAGGGGAGCUCUUUCAUAUGCAGCAAAUUUGUCUGGAUGGACUUACGAGGAAGGCCGGUCUGAAGCUGAAUUUAUCAAGAUGAUUGUUGGGGACUUGUCCGCCCGAGUAGUAAACCCUUCAUAUGACUUGGAUGUUGCUGAACAUCCAGUUGGAUUAGAGUCUUGCAGACAAGAUGUCAGCAGACUUUUUGAUGCCGAGAAGAAUAACAUGGUAGGCAUAUGGGGGCCUGGUGGAAUAGGAAAAACCACAAUUGCAAACGAUGUGUUUAAUUCAAUUCGCCAUGAGUUUGACUAUAGAUGUUUCUUGUCAGAUGUUAGAUCAACUAGUCUAGCUCAAUUGCAAGGGAGACUUUUGUCUCAUAUUUUAGGGGACAUAGUUUUGGAGGUGGGCAGCGUUGAUCAAAGAGUCAGUUUGAUAAGAACAAGAAUGCGAAAUAAAAAAAUUCUCUUAAUCCUUGAUGACGUGAGUCAUGAUAGCCAAUUAAAGAAUUUAGUUCCAUCCCCUGAUUGUUUUGGCCCAAACAGUAGAAUUCUCAUAACAACAAGAGAUAAACGCUGUCUAACUGCUCAUCAAGUUAAUGAAGUAUACGAGGUCAAAAUUUUAGAUGAUGAUCAAACUUUGCAGCUAUUUAGCCUGAAUGCAUUCAAAAGUAAUGGACCUCCACAUGCUUACCUGGAACUUGCACAACGUGCGGUAUGCUAUUGCCAAGGCCUUCCAUUAGCUUUGAUAGUUUUAGGCUCCCAUCUAUUUAAUAGAAGCAUAGAGGAGUGGGAAGCUACACUAGGUAGUUGUAAAGGAGGUCCUCAGGCAGAUAUACAGAAAGUUCUUAAACUAAGUUAUGAUGCUCUAGAAAAGGAUGUGCAAGAACUAUUUCUUGAUAUUGAUUGCUUCUUUAAUGGUGAGGCUGUAGCCGAUGUGAAACCAAUACUGGAAGCUUGCCACGACCACAAAACAAUGGUGACUGGUAUCGCACAACUGCAAGAAAAAGCCUUGAUAAGAAUUGACGAAGAUGAUUGCAUUUGGAUGCAUGACUUGAUAGAAGAAAUGGGUCAAGACAUAGUGCAUCAAGAGUCACCUGAUGAACCCGGGGAACGCAGCAGAGUGUGGAGUGAAGAAGAUGUCAACGAUGUUUUAACAUUAAAUACAGGAACAAAGGAAGUUAAAGGCAUUCAAGUCCCACAAUCUUCUACUAUAUCUCUAAAUGCUAAAAGCUUCUCAGGGAUGGAGAAGCUUAGAUAUAUUUCUAUGAGCAGAAUGGUGAAAUAUGAAUCCGUCUUUGGAGAUAUUGAUUAUCUCUCCAACCAAUUGAGGUGGCUUGAUUGGCCAACAUGUCCGUUGCAAUCUUUCCCAUCUGAUUUUCAUGCAAAGAAGCUUGUAAAUCUUGAUAUUUCUGGCAGCUGCAUAAUCACACGACUAUGGGAGGCACGUAAGAAUUUUCCAAGGCUAACAUUUAUGAAUUUAAGUGGUUGUACAUCCCUAAAGGAACUCCCAGAUUUCAGUGGAAUCCCUAACUUGAAAGAGUUGGAUCUAUCUUGGUGUACCAGUUUAGUUGAGGUUCCUGAUUCAAUUCGAUUCCUUCAUAACCUUGUUACCUUGAAAGUUGACAAUUGCUCUAACCUUAUUAUGUUUCCAAGAAAAAUCAACUUGAAAUCUGUAGAAACAAUCUCUGUUAGCUAUUGCAAGCUUGAGGAAUUUUCAGAAGUUGGGGAAGAGAUGGAUUUUUUGAGAGAAUUGAAUCUAAUAGGCACUUGCAUUAAAGAAUUGCAUCCGUCCAUUGCAAAACUUAUUAGGUUGGAAAAGUUGGACCUAGAGGACAGUCAAAAUCUUACAUUUCUGCCUUGUAAUAUUUAUGAGUUGCACAAUCUGAAGACUCUUUCUGCGAGAGGAUGCUCAAAACUGGCCACAUUUCCAAAAAUUCCAGUAAAGAUGGAUUCCUUGAGACGACUCUCUCUUGAAGGCAGUGACAUAAGAGAAUUGGAUGAGUCAAUUGAAAAUCUCAAUGGGCUUGAAGAGUUAGAUCUUACUAAUUGCAAAAAUCUCACGACUCUACCGUGCAGCAUUUAUGGGUUGCACGAUCUAAAGACUCUUGAUGCAAGUGGAUGCUCAAAACUGGCUACAAUUCCAAAAAUUCCAGUAAAGAUGGAUUCCUUGAGACUACUCUCUCUUAAAGAGUUAAAGGCAGUGACAUAA